AUGAAGUCCCCAUUUGCUAGCAAGCAGAAAACUGAAGACAGCGGGUCGCCUCCGGUGACCGAUUUACCAAACUCGUUUGACCAGGAGAAGAGGCGAAGCAGCUCCCUUGACGAGAGGCACGUGCCAUGGGUAACCUGGCGGUCGUUGCUGCUGGGUGGCUUUGCCUCAAUUGGCGGUAUUAUCUUCGGUUAUGAUACUGGUCAAAUUUCGGGGUUCCUUGAGAUGAUGAACUAUAAGCAGCGCUAUGCCCAGCUCAAGGACGGCAAGUAUACGUUUAGCAAUGUCCGUUCAGGAUUGAUUGUGUCCAUGCUUUCCAUCGGUACUUUGAUUGGUGCUCUGUUGGCGGGUCCUCUGGCAGACCGUAUUGGCCGCAAAUGGUCGAUCUUCUCGUGGUGUAUUAUUUUGCACGUCGGCCUCAUCAUUCAAAUUAGUUCACCGUCUGGGAAAUGGUACCAAAUGAUGAUGGGGCGAUUCGUGACUGGAUUUGGUGUGGGUGCCUGUUCGUUGCUGGUUCCCAUGUAUCAGGGUGAGAUUGCUCCACGACACAUUCGAGGUGCCAUGGUUUGUUCAUACCAACUGUUCGUCACGCUCGGUAUCUUCGUUGCAUACUGCAUCAACUACGGCACGGAGACCAUGGACAACACAGCCUCGUGGAGAAUCCCACUGGGCAUCACCUUCCUUUGGGGUUUAGUGCUGGGAUUCGGUAUUCUCAUGUUCCCCGAAAGUCCCCGAUUUGACUAUCGGCAUGGACGCAUCGACCAGGCGAAGAGAACCAUGUCCAAGCUAUACGGUAUUCCCGAAAACCAUCGGGUGAUCGUACACGAGGUGCUCGAAAUCCAGGAGCAGCUGGAUGCAGAGAAGGGAGCCAGGGGCGGAUGGCAUGGCUGGGUUGAGAUGUUCCAGGCCCCCCGGAUGCCGUAUCGUAUUGCACUGGGCAUGGUCCUUCAGGCAUUCCAGCAGCUCACCGGUGCCAACUACUUCUUCUACUAUGGUACGACGGUCUUCAACGGAGCCGGAAUCAGCAACGUCUAUGUCACGCAGAUGAUCCUGGGCGGCGUCAACUUCGGUACCACGUUUGGAGGCCUGUACGUGAUCGAACAUUUCGGUCGCCGCAAGUCUCUGAUGGCGGGCGGUAUCUGGAUGUUCGUCUGCUUCCUGAUCUUCGCCUCGGUGGGACAUUUCUCUCUCGACAUCAGUACACCAUCCAACACACCGGGAGCCGGAACGGCGAUGGUGGUGUUCGCCUGUCUGUUCAUUACAGGGUUCGCGAUGACUUGGGGCCCGAUGGUGUGGGCCAUCGUGGCCGAGUUGUACCCAUCACGAUAUCGAGCGCGGGCGAUGGCGAUGGCGACAGCGUCGAACUGGAUGUGGAAUUUCCUGAUCGGGUUCUUCACGCCGUUCAUCACGCACGACAUUGACUUUGCGUACGGUUAUGUCUUUGCCGGGUGCCUUGCUGUCGCGGUGGUGAUCGUGUAUUUCUUUGUCAUCGAAGGUAAAGACAGGACGCUGGAGGAGAUGGACAUGAUGUACGUGAUGCGGGUGAAGCCGUGGGAGAGCAGCAACUGGGAGGCGCCGGCGCCGGAGCAUCGGCUCACGACGGCGCAGCUCAUGGACCGCCAGGUGGCCGAGGAUUACAACCGCGACGAAGAAACAGCCGCCGGUAACAAACAGGCGGAAGGCCCGGGCCACAUGCAUGCAGAGAACCUACAGGAGAAUCCAGCCGGAGCAGGUCCGUCCGCAGCCUAA